AUGUCACAAAUUCAGAGAGGAUUGAUUAUUAUUAGCAGUGGGUGUAUAAUUUAUCUUGUCAUCUUAUGGUUAUUUAGCAUAAAAUUAUUAAUUUAUCAUCCUUCAUUAUAUACAAUUAAUGAGAAUGAAUAUUUUAAAAACUGCAUCAAAUCUAAACAUUCAUGGAUUAAAUGUACUAAAUAUUUGAAUCGGAUAAGUAAUGAAAAAAUUAUCUCACUAGAUUCAUAUUUGCAACGUUGGCCACCACCAUCUGUUACAUACUUAAUUGACAAACGUUUAAAUAGUUUCAAUCUUGCAUUACAAUUUUCACUUGCACAUAACGCAACAGAUUCUAAGGAUGAAGAUCUUUACAAUAAAUUUGCAGAUAUGAAACCUAUCAAUAAUCCAGAAAUGUUUGCGCUCCGGGUUCCCGAGUCUGUCUGCAGAUCAUACAACAAUGAGUUAAUUCCACAUCUGAUAGUAAUAAUCAAAUCGUCAGUGUAUAACUUCGAAAAACGUGACCGUGCAAGACGAACAUUUAUGCAAAAGCAAUUAUGGCCGAAUUUCAGUGUUCAGUUUGUAUUUGUUCUAGGUAUCCCCAUGGAAAACGAAUCAAAUUUGUUCCGAUUUGAUGGAAAUACAUAUAUCUUGGAUACAAAGUGGUGGGAAUUUUCUAAACAUUAUGGAAGUUCCAAGUGGUCGUUUGUAAGACAGUUGUCAUUGGAGGUUGAUUUAUAUGAUGAUUUGUUGAUUGGAUCAUUUCAUGAUACAUAUUACAACUUAACAAAGAAGAUGAUAUUUGGUUUAAGAUGGCUCUCAGCAUUUUGUCCAAAACAAGUCCCUUUAUAUUUGUUUAUAGAUGAUGACUAUGAUUUAGUACCAAAGAACGUAAUAACAUUUUAUUAUAAUAAUACUGAAGACUAUUUAAGAAAUAUGAAUGGAGGUUACAUCCGUUCAUCUCGAACUGUUUUUAGACCAAUGGUUAAUGAAACAAGCAGUGUCUGGGCAAUGACUGUAAAAGAAUUUCCAUGGAUAUCUUAUCCGCCCUACUAUCAUGGAUUGACUUAUAUUAUUGGUGCAAACUUAGUGCAUCGUCUUGCUACUGCAAGUGCUUUCGUUAAAGAAAUACGCAUUGAUGACGCCUAUUUAGGGAUCUUAUUUAAUAAAUUAAAUAUAACACUUGUUCAUUUGAACAUUAUUGGUCCGUCUUUAACUAAAAAGGAUAUUAUGUCAGGUGGGAUAAAUGUACAUUAUAAAAUCAGUAAACGUAUAAUGAACUGGAGCAGUGCUUCCAUUCGUAUUCAAAUGAAAUUAUAUCACCAAGCAGUUAUACCUAUCAUUAAACCAAUUUUUAUUAAAAUAAUUAAAAUAAAUAUUGGAAUUAGGAAAACUAUUUAUUCAAUUUUAUUAAUUUUAUUUUUAUUUUAUUCCACUAUUUAUAUUUUAAAUAAAAAUAAUUUAAAAAAUUUUUAUAAUUUAAAAAAUAAUGAUACAAUCUGUUCAUAUGAUAAAUUAGAAGAAAUAACAUUGAAUGAAUUAUCGUGGAUUAAUUUUAUAUAUCAAACUAAAUUUAUAAAUUAUCAUAAUUUUCAUUAUUUAAAACAAAAUAAAAUAACAAAUUUAUUUACUAAUUUGAUUUCAUUGUAUCAUCGAAAUGAUAAAAUUGAAUAUACUACUUAUAAUAAUAAAAAUACAGGAUUAUUGAAUAUGAAAUUGUAUUAUAAUAUACGUGAUGAUAAUCAUAUUAUUUAUUAUUUUAAUGAUGAUUAUUCAAUGAAAAAUAAAAGUUAUAUUAGUCAUCCUAUAUUGACAAGAAAUGAAAAAGGUCAACCAAUAGCAUAUAUUUUAACGGAACAUUAUCCAAAAUAUUUUAAUGUAACAAAAGCAUUAAAAGCAAUUUCAUCUGGUCUUUCAUUGAAAGAGAUACCAUGCAAUAACGAUGACUUAAUUGCUGUUCGCUUACCAAAAUGCACUUGCAAUCCUUGUUCUAGGACUAGAAAUGUUAAUCUUGUGGUGAUCGUGAAGUCAUGCGUUUAUUGUUUUGAACAGCGAGCAUUUGCCCGAAUGACCUAUAUGAAUAAAGAUUUGUGGAAGAAUUUCAGCGUACAGUUCGUGUUCACAGUUGGAUUGCCAACACCAAACGAAACAAAUACUUACCACUUUGAUGGUUUUAUGACUACCCUAACGAUAAACUCAAUGCAAUUAUCAAAUAAAUAUGUUUCGAAAUGGUCAGUAGCCAAGAUUUUAAGUAAUGAAAGUAAAAUGCAUAAUGAUAUGUUGAUAGGUGCUUUUCAUGAUACAUAUUUUAAUUUGACGUCUAAAAUGAUGUUGUCUUUACGUUGGGCCACAAACUUCUGUAUCCCUCAGUCACCGUUAUUCUUGUUUAUUGACGAUGACUACCUACUUCAUCCAAACAACACAAUCAAUUUGAUAAGGAAAUUUAACUACUCUCAACUGAAAUCACUUUCUGCUGGAUCUGUAUAUUUUGGGAGCGUUGACAGACCUAGAAAUGGAUAUGGUGGUCGGUGGGCAGUCUCUUACAAUGAAUAUCCAUGGGACUAUUAUCCACGUUAUUUCUUAGGAAUAGGUUACUUUUUAGGAGCUGAUGUUGUGCAUGAUGCAUCGUUUGCUAUGCCAUUCACUAAACAAAUGCGAAUCGACGAUGUAUAUUUAGGUAUUAUUUUGAAAAGACUUAACAGAACACUAACACAUUUAGACAACAUUCAUAUUAAUCCAGGGAAAGAUCAUUUGAAAUCAGGUACAUUUCUGAUUACCAGAUAUUUAGCUGAGAAUCAUGUGAAUUGGACAACUGGAUUGAUAAUAGGAGAAAAACCCACAAAGCAUUAA